AUGCGCCCAUCACAUGCAUACUUUCAGCAGCUUGUUACUGACCGCGCCAGGUACUUUGAGGCCAUCAAUGGAAUGCUCACUCACCAAAUCGAAUUCUCGAAAGCCAUCGCGGAAAUCUACAAGCCCAUCUCCGGACGAAUGUCGGACCCCACCUCAUUUCACGACGAAGGAAAUUCUGCCGGCAUAGAAGCAUGUGAACAGUACGAGACCGUAGUCGGCGAACUGCAGGAAACGCUGAAACCCGAGUUGGAGAUGAUCGAAUCCCGGGUCAUCCGGCCGGCGGACGAGCUACUGGAGAUCAUCAAGGCGGUGCGGAAGAUUGCAGCCAAGCGCGACCACAAGCAGCUGGACUACGAUCGCCAGCGCGCAGCACUCAAAAAGCUCCAGGACAAGAAGGAGAAGACGUUGAAGGAUGAGAAGGCAAUCUACAAAGCAGAAAACGACGUGGAGCAGGCUACGACCGACUACAAUUACUUCAACGAUCUGCUCAAGGACGAGCUACCAAAGCUCUUCAUGCUGGAGCGCGAGUUUAUCCAGCCGCUGUUCCAGUCCUUCUACUACAUGCAGCUCAAUGUGUUUUACACUCUACACGAGCGCAUGCAACGGCUUGACAUUGGCUAUUUCGACUUGACCCUCGAUAUCGAGGCAGCCUACCAGAAGAAGCGAGGAGAUAUCCAAGAAGAGACAGAGAAGAUCUCCAUCGUGAAGUUCAAGGCAACAGGCGGUCGCACGCCAGGCAUGAAGCCUGGCCAAUCGAAAUACGCAUCGAAGAUGGCAGAAGCCAAGGCAGGCCGCGCUUCGGUCUCUUCAGAGACAGACGCGCCACCUCCGCCAUACAGUCCAGGACCCGCAGCCGCCACACUUGGUGACGUAAAAUCGCCAGCACUCUCAACCGGCUCAUGGGGCUCAGUCGCGAAGUCGAAAGGCGCCGCGCCUCCACCUCCAAAGCCAAAGCCUUCACGACUUAGUGGCGCACCUGCUGUUGAGCACGUCACGGCUUUGUACGAUUACGAGGCGCAAGCAGAAGGUGACUUGAGCUUCUUGACUGGCGAUGUGAUCGAGAUCGUCUCCCGGACGCAGAACGACAACGAGUGGUGGAUAGGCAAAGUACGGGGAAAACAAGGACAAUUUCCAGGUAUGCCGUCGCCGAUGUACAUCUCCAUUGCAAGACAUUGA